GUGUGAAACUGAGGCACUGCUCUUCUGGACCUUUUCGGCCCCGUGGCAGAGUAAAUUAAUGUGAAUCGGACCUCAUGACUAAGCCACACACUUUUAUUUUGUUGCUAAGAACAGAGCACGUCUAUAAAUAACGACACGACUUUUAUUGUUCCUGCCCACUGCUUCAAGUCUGCUCACUGCUCUGUGUGCAAACUGACCGGGUGAAUCCAUAGAGGAAUUUCCCCCUAUGUGUGUGCAUUUAUUUUAGUUUUUAGUAAAGAGUUUUUUACAAAAAAAAAGAACCAUAGUUAUAGUCAUAUGACAGCUAAAGUUGUGGGAGACCUCUUGAUAGAUGCAUCGGUUUUUUAAAAAUAAAGGGGGAGUUUGUUUCUUUUCGGUGUUGUCGAGGAAUCCUGUGGUCUGUGGCUUUGUGAAAAUUCGUCAGAGUGAGAGCUCUCUGCUCUUCCGCGUUCUCUGCCGUGUAACCGGACCGGCGUAGGGCGGAGGUGGUGCACAGUGGGACGUACGGGAGGCUUGUUUUCCUCCAAACGAGCCAAUGGGACCGGCUGUACGGUGGACUGACAGCCUGACUCGACGAGCCCGGAGACGCCACUCGAGUCGAGGAGCCAAUGCGGAGCCGCGACGGACAGGAACGGAGGGAAACGACAAAAUACAAAAUACAAAAAUCUUCCUCCUGUGGGUCGAAACGUUACCUGCCCGCUGCGACGCGGAGACUUGUUUGAGGUCGAGGAGGACCCGCAGCGAUGGCCCUGUCCCAGUGCCUGGACGACUCACCUCUGAGGAUAGCUCCGAGACACGCGGGGGCCGAUCAGCCUAACGUGCAGGACGUGUACAACGAGAGACACCGGCUGGCUCUGGAGGCGCUGCUGUCCGGGGGUCCCGACGACUUUCUGGACUUCCUCAGGAGAGAGAGGAUCCCCAACUUCCUGUCCGACGAUGAGAUCCAGAGGAUCCGGAGCGCCGCGGUGCCCCCGCGGUGCCUGUUGCUCCACGGGGAGGACCAGACUCUGGAGCAGUCGCUCGGCAGCUCCCUGGACUGCUCCUCCGUCACGUACUUCCCCGAAGUGUCGGACGUGGAGCCGCCGCUGCUGGAGAUCGGAUGGCCCGGCUUCACCGCGGGGUCCUACCGGGGGGUCACACGGGCCGUGGCGCACUUCCAGCCCAGCUACGGCGAAUGCAUUUACAGCUGCAAGGAGGCUGCCAGGCGCAUGAUCAAAAGUGCCAGAGAGGUGAUUGCCAUAGUUACAGACUCCCUGACAGACCUGGAUAUCUUUAAGGAUCUUCGUGAUGCGUGCUCCCAACGCAGAGUCCCCGUCUACAUCCUGCUCGACCAAUCGUGUGCUCCCGCUUUCCUCAGCAUGUGCAGGAGUGUUGGCGUUCGCCUUAACGACCUUCAGCAAAUGAGAGUGAGAACCAUAACCGGUACGACGUACUACAUGAGAUCCGGGGCGAGGAUUACUGGGAAGGUUCACGAGAACUUCAUGCUCAUUGAUGGAAACAGGGUGGCCACGGGUACCUACAGGUUCAACUGGACUGAUGGCAAACUGAACAGCAGCAACCUGAUUGAGCUCUCGGGCCAGAUUACAGAGAAAUAUGACGAGGAGUUCCGAAUCCUCUACGCUCAGUCUCUGCCCAUCAAAGCCCGCGGGCCUCCGAGCAUCCACAGUGGCAGCAUCUACGAGCACCUCGCUGUCAAACACUCAGACACCUCCUCCCCUCGUGUGCCCAGAGAGAGGCCCCUUGGGUUGGCGUGUUUGACCAGCACGCCCAGCCGCAAGCCCCAAACACUAACAGCGCAGCCUCCCUGCGAGCCCUCGUCUCCGGUCCCUCACAAAGCAAGCCCCGGGUCCGGCUCCUCUACAAUAAACGGGGAUUGGACGGAGCAGCAGCAGCACCUGCAGGAGGAGAUCCUAGCUGGUUGCACGAGUUUUCCUGCGGAGCUCCAAGAAGAGAAAAAAACAGCCGCCCUCAGUGCCAUCUGCUGCCAUGUCUCCACUCAGACCAGCCGGCCAGUAACGGACAGCGACACCCAGACCGACGUCCAGCUCGGCCAACCUGCCAGCCCUGCUACACCUACUGCCAGCGGUCCAAGGCAGGACACGUCUCCGUCCUUUGUGCGUUCCAGCCAGAGUCUGCCCACCCACGCGGCCCCAGACACCACUUUAAAGGACUGCUUCCACAGGCUGACCAAAGAGCGCCAGCACCACUACUCGGCCAUCCGCUCCAAACUGGAACACAUGGUGACCGCCCUGUCCGAGAGGCGAGAGCUGGCGGACGUCACCAACAUGACUCAGGGGCUUGGCGGUCACAGCAGGCAGAGGAUACACAAAGACGCUGCGCAAGAGCCCGAUCCCAGACUGCCUGUCGAAACCGCGGGCGUGGGCACAUGGCCAAGAGCCAGAUGUGUACUCUAGAUUGUUUUUCAGCGAUUUUGGUGAUGGGGGACCGUACUUCAAAGUUAUUCUGUUCUGAAUCAAUGGUUUUGGCUUAUGCAGUACAAUUUAAGAUUUGUUUUUUGUUUUCUGAUUUUCUGCACUGCCCACUUUUGUUAUUUUCAUCAUACGUUCCACAGACAAUUCGAAUUGUUCGUCUUCGAGAAACUUUAACCAAAGACACGGUGCAAUAAUGAUCUUUUUGAACACAUCAGUGUAAUGAAUACGGUUAGCGGAGGUGGUUAAAGACUGGAUAAUAUCUACUGUAUUUGGCUGCUGUAACUACAUGGGAACAUCAUUCCGGAGAGCAUCUGGCUCUCAGCUGUGCCUUGCAAUUAAAUAAAGUAGUAUUUUGCUGUA